UCGUGCCAUGGUGCAUCUGGGUGUCGCCGCGCUCAUUGCGCAACGCUUGCGCAGCGCGGAAGGCUUGAUGCGCCGCGUCCUAUUCGAUUCAACGCGCUGAUAACAAAGCUCGGCGAAACGGCAAGAACAUGACAGAAACCAUGCGUCUGCCUGCUUCAUUAUAACCGCGAACAUGGGCGACAGAAGCGAGAGGGGCUCGGUGAAGCACAAAAGGAGAACCACGAUCGCCGGAGACGCGGCGGGAGCUCAGGCGAAGCGCGGCGGCGCAGAGACGCUCAGCGGACAGGUGAAGGAGAAAGAGCAGAGACACGAAACACCCGCGAAUAAACACAAGAAUCACAGCGAUGCUGGCGACGACGCCUUCAGCUGCCAUAAGCUGCAGGAGUCGCUGCUCAGCUCCAGUAGCGGCUACAGCAACUACAGAGGAAUCCUCAACUGGUGUGUGGUCAUGCUGGUCCUGUCCAAUGCACGGCUGGUCCUGGAGAACCUUAUAAAAUAUGGCAUUCUGGUGGACCCCAUCCAGAUCAUCUCUCUCUUCCUGAAGGACCCGUACAGCUGGCCGGCUCUGUGCCUGAUCAUUGUUUCCAAUGGCUUUAUAAUGGCAGCUUUGUACAUAGAGAGAAAGCUAUCCGUGGGCAGCAUCUCAGAGGGCACCGGAACAUUCCUUCAUGGCAUCAAUCUUGCAGCUCUGUUAUUUGUCCCGGCCGGUACAGUUCUCAGCCUGACCUCUAUAACCCCAGUGGGUGGUGUUCUGGCGUUGAGUGUCUUCACCAUUCUCUUCCUGAAGCUGUAUUCAUACAGAGACGUCAACAAAUGGUGCAGAGAGAUCAGACACGCCAAAGCCCGAACCCUGUCCCGCUCUCACUCCUGCCCGUCUGUGCACAAAGCCAACGGCACGACCGGAUACACACACGUGAGCUAUCCAGCAAACCUCACACACAGAGACAUUUAUUAUUUUAUUUUCGUUCCAACUCUGUGUUACGAGCUGAACUUCCCGCGCUCUCCACGGAUACGGAAGCGUUUCUUACUGCGCCGACUGCUUGAGAUGGUGUUUUUAAUGCAGUUGAUGCUCGGAUUAAUACAGCAGUGGAUGGUUCCGACGAUUCAGAACUCAAUGAAACCCUUUCAGGACAUGGAUUUCACUAGAAUCGUUGAACGUCUGCUGAAGCUCGCUGUGCCCAAUCAUUUUAUCUGGCUCAUCUUUUUCUAUUGGUAUUUCCACUCCUCUAUGAACUUCGUAGCUGAGCUCAUGCAGUUUGGAGACCAAGACUAUUACGUGCUGCAUUAUGGGAGUGCAGCGGAGGGAGUCGCGGCAUGA